UUCUGUGAUAUAAUUAAUAUUUGAUAAAAACGUUUAAACAGGUAAUUUAUUGAAAAAUAAAAUGCGGAUUUUAUUAAUGUUGAUCCUCAAUGGAGUUUUAUUGUUCGUGGUCCCAGCAUCGUGUGAAGUACAAGCAGGCGAUCCUAUGAUGGAUAUAAAACCCAUUAGAGCCGACCAACCUAAUAUUGUACGAGAUAUGGUCGGUGAUGGGAGAUGGGAAAGGGAUGUUCAUGGAGAUGUUAAAGAUACAAAGCUGCAUGAUUCACCUGUUAAUGCUGUGAAAAGUCCCUACAGCUUGUACAGUGUCGGGUUCGUCCAUGCAUUCGUCAAAGCAAUCAUGGUUAUAAUCGUGUCAGAAAUUGGAGACAAAACGUUUUUUAUCGCGGCCAUAUUUGCCAUGAAACAUGCAAGGUCGACUGUGUUUGCUGGAGCUAUUGCAGCGUUAGGGCUGAUGACGUUUUUAUCAGUUGUGAUGGGGUAUGCAACCACCAUAAUACCGAGGUCGUAUACGUUCUAUGGAUCGGUUAUCCUGUUUGUGAUCUUCGGAGCAAAGAUGUUGCACGAAGGUAUCUCGAUGAGCCCGCAAGGAUCGCAGGAGGAGAUGGAAGAAGUCCAAGCCGAGUUGAAGAAGAAAGACGAAGAGAUUGAACGAGCAUCGGAAGUAACCCAAGAUGUAGAAACAGGAAUCAUAAGAGGGGGGUACAAAGUUCGGAAACUACUUGGGGUAUUUUCCCCCGUUUUAAUCCAGGCGUUCACGUUAACAUUCCUAGCAGAAUGGGGGGACAGAUCGCAGAUUACAACUAUUGUACUUGCUGCUAGUGAGGAUGCCCUCGGUGUGUUAGUUGGUGCAGUGAUUGGGCACGCCUUGUGCACGGGUAUGGCUGUUAUUGGGGGGAGGAUGAUAGCGCAGAAGAUAUCUGUUAGAACAGUGACCAUAAUUGGAGGGGUGUUUUUUAUUUUCAACGCCGUGUUCUCUUUGUUAACUGGCCCGGGAUCUUAGUCCACACAUUACUGCACAUAAGACGCGUAUUGAAUGCAAGCCAGAUGGUUAUGACAGUUGCAUAAAAGCUGAGUUCUCAAUUAGAUGGUGGCUCCAUAUGCGACUAUUUAAAAUGUUUUAUUUUGAUAUCAAUUUAUAUGAUCCUUGUGCAAUGAAUCAAAUUAGAUUACGGUUGGUUUAGGUUUUAAAAAUACCUAAAUAUUGUUAUUUUGAAGACUACAAAAUACCAAUGUUAUUUAUUUGCUAGUUCAAUUGUCACAAAGUGUUUUUUCAAGGGUAAUACUAAAUAGUUAAGACAUAGUUCAGUAUAUAAUAUGUAUAUCUAAUAAUUGUUUAUUUAUUUUUCAUAUAUGUGAAAUAUUGAACACUACCUUUAAAAUACCUUUCUACAGUUCCUAUUAAACCAUAUGAAAGGAGCAUAGGCGCCUAACAUGGGUAUGCAGGGUAUGCAUGCAAGCCCCACAAUCAAUUAUGGUACUUUAUGUGAAGAAUCUAAGUUCACGUAGUAACAUGUUAAAUUGCUCCAAUUAAAGACAUGGGUGUUUGGCAUAAUGAGCACCCUGGUUUUACUAAAGAUAAGCUCGUAUGUAUUCCAGCAUAUGUGUUUCCUUACUAUUUAUUAUGGAUAAUACACACUAUGGUUUUGUUGCCAAGUUAGAGAGAUGUUUAAUAUGAAUUUGUGUUUUCUUAGUUUAUUUGCAAAUUAUAUUUAAUGUAGAUACAUGCGAAAAUAAUUAUAAAAAAUGA